AGGAGAAACGCACCGACUUCUCAAAUGUCAGGCGAAGGGUGGAGAGUCGAUGACGUUCGACGCUCGCAGAAAGGGAGGGGCAACGAGAAAGAAAGGGAAGAACUUUUUCCGACAGGGUUUUUCUUCUUCUUCCAAACAGAAUUUCCAAACAAAACGUGCUAAUAUUGUGGCUUCAGACUCUGAAAGAAUGUUGCGAUAAACAAACGAGAGAAGAGGAGGAGGACAGUUAAACGAGAUCAUCUUCCUCCCUGCAACAGAUGACAGCAUUAAACACUGACACUGACACAGCUUGAAGUCGGUGGCCUAUUGACAGCAUUAAGACAACAUCUCCUCGAGCAUGACGUCUGAACUGGAUUCUAGUUUGACCAGCAUUGACUGGCUCCCACAGCUGGGUAUCAGCACCUUGCGUUCAGGGAAAGAAAGAGUGGAACGGAAAAAAGAGCGAGGAAGAGAGAAGGAUAUCCCUCUGAUACCCGCACUGUCGCCGGGGUCGAACUCCAAAGUGAAGCCCCCUCACAGCUACGCCACCCUGAUCGCCAUGGCCAUCAGCUCGGCUCCUGAAAUGAAGCUGAGUUUGAAUGAUAUUUACACUUGGAUCAGCGAUACGUUUCCGUAUUACUGCAGAGCAGGAAGAGGAUGGAAGAACUCAAUUCGCCACAAUUUGUCCCUCAAUAAAUGUUUCCGGAAAGUUCCUCGACCUCAGAGUGAUCCUGGAAAGGGAUCAUACUGGACAAUGGAUGUACCGCCUGAAUCCACUCAACCGAGAGGAGUCAAACGUCCUUAUACUGAUGAUGAACAUGUAGUAACUCCUUUCCCAGAGACACAACUGCCUGCCAAUCAACCGGAGCCCCUCCCCCCUCAGCCAGACACCAAGAGCACAUUCCCUCCUCCUCCAUGCAAGCAACGUCCAGCCAUCCCAGUUCCCUCAUCUCUUCCAUCAAACCCUCAUGCUGAUCCUCCUCUUCGCUUCUCCUUUGCUGAUUUGAACCUUCCAGAUCUGUACAACUCCUUUCAGUCGCUCUGUCGCUCCAUGAGAGAGAAGGUCACUUCCCAAUCGGACGUUUCCACUUUACUUGGACUCACCCAUGAUAGUACACCCCUUCACACCCCAACCCUGCCUCCUCUCUCCCCCUGUCCAAACCCCAAUAUUAACCAGUUUAUCAACCCAAACUCAACUCAUAUUCCAAACCUCAAUACCAACGGUAACUUCAAUCCAAAUGCACCCCAUAGCUUUAUCCCCACCCUAAACCCAAACCAGAACUCUAGCAUUCAUCCAAACUCGAGCACUGAACCUGACAAGGUGCUUCCCAACGUUGUUCCUGCGGACUGGUUCAGUAACCCGGACUCUUUGAGAGAAAGUUUCAGAAUCGCCAGUAGUCUGGAUUGGGCAAACAUUGACCUCUCUUGUCAUCCUGACCUGUUAGAAAGCAUGCGUCAGGCCGAACUGCGAGAUUGGGCUCUGGAUCCAGCACUCUUCACCUCGCUCUGUGAUUCGCUCAACCGUUUCUUCACUCACAAGGGUCUCAUUGGCUCGUCUUCUGGUGGUCCAUCUUCUUUCGGACACAUGGCACCACCUUCUGUCAAUAUGCCCCCCACUAACCCUCCCACACUGUCAAGUUUAACUCAACCAUCUCCACUCAUUUACCCCUCCCAGCUCCCUCCUGGCAGCGGUGAAGCUCCUCUACAGGGUCCCAGGAGGAACCUGACCCCUCUUGCCCAGAACCAGACCACACAGACCCCAGGGGGACUGCAGCCCACCACCAGCCAGCCCAUGACUCCCAACGCACUUCAUACUCAACCGUUGACGCCAUCUGCCCGUCCACCCCUGAAGACUGGCAUCAGUGAAGAAAUCCAGGACGAUUUCGACUGGGACUCUUUGAUUGAAUAGAAUUGAUUGUUGGCAGACAUGCAUAUAAAGUAAAAGAAAACAUGAGCCAUCAGUGAAAAAAGCAUCAAUAUCUGUCAACAUGAGGUGAGGCCAGCUAGUUCAUCAUAUUUCAUACAUGAAUGGAACAAAAGCAGAACCACCUUAACAUUGACCAUCAUUCAGGUCAAGCACAUCGUUGUGAACAAUCAGAAAAUGCAUCAAGGUUUACCAAAUGCAGUGCAGUAAAGGUAUCAUGUUUGUUCCUGUUCUGCUCCAGAUCUGGAAGUCAGGGGUGGAUCAGUUCUGACAAUGUUUUCUUUAAUGUAACAUCCGUUUUCUCUUAUCCCAAGUUAUACACAGAUGGCUGCCUUUUACGUCAGUGUAUUACAGUGUAAAUAACGUUAGCACUUCGAAAAGCCAGAAGACCAUGGCUGUAUUUUUGCUGAAUGCUGAUACAGGCUUUUCCUACUCGUAAUUAGUCGGUUCAUAAAAAAAAGUUUGACCAAAG